AACAGCAAAUAUAACGGCGACAAAAAGCAAUGAAAUGGCGACCACGGUGUAGAUGAGAGACGGGACCGAUCCCACCGCGCUGUGAAAUCCCCGCAUUAAACCCGGGAGUGAAGCCGGACAGAUCCGCAGCUCCGGGAUCUGCUGAAGCGCAUCGGAAUGAUCCGUGUUACUGCAGUCACUGUGAGUAUUAACCCGAGCAUUAAUGUUGUUAGGGAGAGAAAUGAAGAGCUUCGGGUAGAUAACUGUCAGCGCGAACUACACAACUUCUGGGCGCUAUUUCUGGGAUCCAGCGCUACCUGCCCAUCACAGGACACUGGACGAGACGGUGUCGCAUUCCCCGCGCUGUAACCGGACUAACCUGGGCUGAAUCAGUCCUAGUCGCUCCAGCCCUAAAGUUGUGGCACCAUGUUCUACGGCUCCUCUUCAGCCAGCAUGUCACUGCCCUCAAAGAGCCGCCUGAAACGCCAGAGUCGCACCAUCACGCAGGUCCUGUACCGAACCCUGAGCUACCGGGACCGUCGCUCGGUUACUGACCUGCCCGACCAAGUGCGGGACGACCCCGCUGAGCUAUCUACGCAGACCUCAGCUCCAGGCGUGCUCAAGAUCUUCGGAGAUGAAAUCAGCAGCGGGGCAAACUACAAGAGUGUUUUGGCGACUCCACGCUCCAGCGCACAGGAGCUCAUCAAGGAGGCACUCGAGCGCUACUCACUAAACAAAGGUUCAGCCAGUAGCUACGUGCUGUGUGAUGUGAUCGGGCGGUUCGAGGGUGCCGAGCGGCGGUGGAGGACAGAGUGUUUGCGGGCACUGGGCAGCAAUGAGAAGCCUCUUCUUCUGCAGGAGUUGUGGAAGCCGAAGGAAGGAUUCGCACGGCGCUUCGAGCUCAGGCGGAGGGCUGAAGUGGAGGAGCUAGCGGCUAAAGAGAAAGACACGGUAACUGCAGGGCCUCACACACACUCCCCCGUCUUAACAACCACCCUGAGUAGGGGGGCACAUGGUAAAUGUCAGCGGAGUUCCCCCCGGGGCUGGCGUAUGGUCCUGCCCAGCACUCCGAAUCUUAAAGAUAUAAACGCACAGGCACGGAAACUUCAGCGGAACCGUGCUAAAGGAACGAUGAACCUGCAGCAUGGCUCGUCCUUAUGCCGCAGCCUCAGUGAGACCAGUCUCAACCUGGUGGGCGUGACAGGGGAGGAACCUAAGCGCUACUCUACACUGCCUGGGUCAGGCCGAGGGCGCUCGGAUGGACGCAAAGAUGGGGGCGGAGUCAAGCAUUCUCUUUACCAGUCACCUCAUUUGCUGCUGCUGCAAGGAUAUAACCGACAAGACUGCCUGGUUUAUCUGCUGAACAAAGAGCAGCACACGGUGGGUCAGGAGACGGCAAGCACGCGGCCAAACAUCUGUCUGUCAUCUCCGGACAUUCUCCCCCUCCACUGCCGCAUACGCCGCCGCCGCUCGUCUUCCUCAUCCUCCUCGUCCUCGUCCUCUUCCUCUUCCUUAGAUCAUCGACUCUUACUGGAACCUGUUAGUCACGGCAUCGUGCUGAUCAACUUCACUCGUAUCGAGCGUCCCACUCCUCUGCGUCACGGUGACCUACUGUCAUUCGGUGCCCAUUACAUCUUCCUUUACAGGGACCCUCUGAGCGCCAAGCCGCUACCAAGCCACACCCUGACCCGCCUCCGUGCCCUCGGCUCACUAAACAGGGAGACGUGUCCGACGUGCGGAGCCGCCCCACGAGAGCAGACAGAAUUUCGGCAGAGUUUAAAGAAUACAAAGGCGACGAAGAAAAGGAAGCUGGUGCUGGAGUUUGAGCGGGCCCAAGAGGACGCACUGGUGAACCGAGUGCUCACGCUGAUCGAGCCGAGUGGCGAUGAUCACAAGCUUACUCCUGCGUAUCUGCUUUGCUUGUGCAUCCAACACUCGGCUCUAUCGUUCCCACCCGGAAGCUUCGGGAAACUGCUCCUCAAAAUCGCUAAGAAGAUCCAGAGCAUUGCAUGGGAGAAGACAAAGGAAUUGGCACAAAAGCAAGCUCAGCAUCAGGAUCCAGCCACUCUGUCACUGCUUAGCAUCUCUGACCUUGUGCCGGAUCUUCAGGUCAUUUUCUUUUGGAUGGCGAACGCCAUCGAGAUCCUGUACUUCAUUCAGCAGAAAUCACCGACAUACAUGCAGAAUAUUGAAAUGAUGGACAGCAAAGCUGGAUCCAAAGAGUCGCUCCUCUCGGCAACAAUAUCAGCCAGCGAAGAGGUGAUGACUAUACUGGAGGAAGUUAUCAUGUACACAUUUCAGCAGUGCGUCUACUACAUCACAAAGUCCUUGUACGUGGUGUUGCCAGCCUUACUCGACUGCAGACCAUCGUCAGAGGCAUGCCGGCAAGCGACCAGCGCACGUACGUGUGUGUGCAGUGUGGGUGUCAUGCCCGAGGCUGUGCGUCGAGCUCUGUGUGUUUUUCAGACCACGGCUGAGCUUAUGCAGCAGUAUCAAGUCCAUGCCGAGAUCCAGAGCCAGAUGUUCGCCUACCUGUUCUUCUUCACCAAUGCCUCACUCUUCAAUCUACUCAUCGAUAAAGGUCCUUCGAGGGGCUGGUUUCAGCGUUGCCAAGCACUGCAGAUACAAGCGUCUUUGCGGAUGCUCCUAGACUGGGCGAAAGGAGCAGGACGAGCUCAGAUCGCUCAGAAGUUUUUCGCCAAACUGUGCAGCUCAGUAACCAUCCUCAUCACCCCCGCCCCACAGCUCUCACAGAUGAGUUGGAAAGUGUUGCGCACAGAACAUCCGUCUCUGAAACCAGUCCAGCUUCACAGAAUCCUUACGCAGUACCAACUGACUGCCGAGGUGGGACCUGUUCCAAUCUGGAAACCGAACAGCGAAGAUGAAGCUUACGUUUACAGAACAGUGGAUUUGUUGGAGAGCUUUGAUAACCACCCUCCCAUUGUGCUACCCAGCGCUGGGUUUAAGGUGGACCUGGAGAGUGAGUGUGUAGAUGACAGCAUAUACAGACAGCUGCUUUACAUCCGCCACUUUCUGUGGGGCCUCCGCACCAAAACCCACAGCAGCACGGACAGACAGGACAUCCAGCGUGCGGAGGGAGAAGGAGAAGGUUGCGUUUCUUCUCUCGGAGGACGAGGAGAGAGCGCGGGAGCUGAUGAAAGACCAAGAGAGCGAACACACACAUCCCAUUACAGAAAUGGAACGAGCGUCCGGCACGUCGCGGAUCCGUCCUGCCUGCCCACUCCACCUAACACACCGCUGUACCCGGAAUUCACACACACUCUGUACAAUAAACACUCUCAGCAGGAACGUGUCACGGCCAACGGGUGUACACGCUCCACUCCUGAGCACAAGAAGAUCAAUGGAUACAUCAGUAAUGGUACUGAAGGCCCUCUUAAUGGGUGUGGCUUUCCUUUCCCCAUCCCUCUGGCCCAGACCCUGGGCAGUAAUUCUGACCCUGUGUGUUCCGUCUUUGUAGUGGACUUGGACAAAGGACCCUACGGCCUCGGGAUGGGACUCAUUGACGGACUCCACACUCCUCUGAAUUCCCCGGGGAUCUACAUCCGCACGCUGAUCCCUGACGGACCGGCCGCUUCGGAUGGACGGCUGCACAUCGGAGACCGGAUCCUGGCUGUAAAUGGGAAAAGCCUCAUUGGAGCUGAUUACCAGAGUGCCGUUGAUCUGAUCAGGCUGGGGGGAGGACGGCUUCGCUUUCUCGUGGCUAAGUCAGAUCCUGAAGUCUCGGACAAAAUCAGCGCCUCUUCCUGCUGAGAGAGGUUCAAAGGUGCACUACUGCAAAACACGUCGACCCCAAACGUCCUCUUGGUGCUGAGGAUAAAGAGAAUAAGCACAUGAAUAAGAUCACUCAGCGACUCCUGUCCUUCACCUCGGCCUGCACUCAGGAGAGAGCCUUAGCACAGCGACGGUGUUUUCACACUGCGGCCGUCACAGCGUCAUCUUCUCUUCUUCUCUUCCUCCUCGCCCAGGAGAGUUAUCAUGGAAACAUCAAUGGAAAUUUAACAGAAUGUAACAAAAGACACAAUAUAUCAUGUUUACAAACAUUUCUUUCAUGUCAAUUUUUGGGGAAAAAAAUCUUAUCGUGUUCUUGUACCUGAAGGUAAAGAUAGCGAUACUGAACCAUAAAAUGCUAAAGUAAGGAACGACCAAACCGCUUUACUCAGUUUGCGUAUUUAUUAUCAGUGCAAACCCUGGAUGAAGAUUUCUCUCUUUCGCUUCUUUCCU